UAGAGUUCGAGUUUGACUGAACGAAAUAUACAAGGGAAAUGAAACAAGAUAGCAGUACUUGAAUGAAAAAAAGCCCAUAAGCUGAACUUAUUUCUCAGUCUGUCAUAUAUGCUUUACCAUUCAGACUUCCAUCAAGCUUAUGCCCUUCAACAUCUCACGAGCGACAGAACUGCGUCGGCCUGUGCAGUGUGCUUAACUGUUCACGUUUAAAACUUCAACCAAAUAGUAAUAAUUACCGUUGAAUGUCAAAGAAGUGGCCACCAUGUACCAAGUUGUCCCAGGAGGAGCCUUGGGCACGACCACCGAUGGCGUGAUGCUUAAGAAAAUGGACAAGGACAGUCGCCCUCUGGUGGGUGCUGGAGUCCUUGGUGUGGUUCUGGUGAUUGCUGCAGUGACAGCCUGGUGUUAUUAUAUUGCCUCUCUGCGUAAAGCUGAACUUCUAAAGACUGAACUCUUGGAUCUCAAUAAAGAUGGCUUCCUCAUCCGGAACCAGGCAGGUGGCACAGUUUUCAGGAUGGCAUUCAGGUCAGGAACUCUUGACUUGGAUUCAUGCUCUAAAGAGGGACACAUACUUAGCUGCACGCGCUCAGGUGCUGGUAGGCUGAAUUUCUUCAUCCAGACGGUGCGUCCUAAGGAAACCGUGAUGUGUUACCGCGUACGCUGGGAAGAACUGGAGUCUGACCGACCUGUUGAACAUGCCAUGUCUUAUAAUGGCUCACACUGGUACGGUGGUGCAGAAAGUGCAGUUCAGCACUGGCCCAUUGCCAUCUCAGGACAGCAGGAACCCAAGCCCUUCGUAACCGGUGAUGUUUAUUCCAAUCGUCAUGACUUUGGUGGCAUCCUGGAGCGCUACUGGCUGUCCUCCAAUGCCACUGCCAUCAAGAUCAAUGACUCUGUUCCCUUUCACCUAGGCUGGAAUGAUACAGAGAAGACCUUGUACUUUCAGGCACGCUAUCAAGACAGCUCUUACAAACCUAUGCUUGGUGAGCCACCCUAUGCUGAGCUCAGCUACCGUGUGUGUGUCGGCUCUGAUGUCACUUCGAUCCAUAAGUACAUGGUUCGCAGGUACUUCAACAAGCCUAAUAAAGUGCCAUCCAAAGCCAUGUUUCGUCACCCUAUUUGGUCCACGUGGGCAUUACAUAAAACUGACAUUAAUCAGGAGAAGCUGUUGAAGUAUGCCAAGGACAUACGCAAACAUGGUUUCAACUGUAGUCAUCUAGAGCUGGAUGACCGCUACACAAGCCGCUAUGGGGAAUUUGAAUUUGACCCCGAAAAAUUUCCAAACGCUUCCGACAUGUUUCAUAAGUUGAAGUCAGAUGGCUUCCUGGUAUCCCUGUGGACACAUCCUUUUGUCAACUAUGAUUCAGCAAAUUUUGGGCUAUGCGUAGAAAAGGGUCUGUUUGUGAUGGAGCCCACAGGCCAGUUGCCAGCCCUUGUGCGCUGGUGGAACGGUAUUGGAGGCAUUUUGGAUUUCACCAAUGCAGAGGCGCGUAACUGGUUUUCUUCUCACCUUCGUGCACUGCGCUCCAAAUACGGCGUAUCCUCCUUUAAAUUAGAUGCUGGAGAGACCACCUACUUGCCCUGGAAAUUCAGAACACGUGCCCACCUUCCAGACCCCAGCAGCUUCAGUCGCCGCUACACAGAAAUGGCGAUCCCUUUUAAUGAGCGUGCAGAGUUACGUACGGGGUACCAGUCGCAGAACAUCUCCUGCUUCUUUAGGCUCAUAGACCGUGACUCAGUGUGGGGCUAUGAGCUAGGCCUUAAGUCCCUCAUCCCGACUGUUCUCACCAUCAGCAUUCUGGGCUACCAGUUCAUCCUGCCAGAUAUGAUUGGAGGCAAUGCCUACCCUAACCAUACAGAUGGGAAUCAUAGACUUCCAGACAGGGAACUCUACAUUCGUUGGCUAGAACUUUCUGCCUUUAUGCCUUCCAUGCAGUUCUCCAUUCCGCCAUGGGAGUACGGUGAUGAAGUCGUGGCAAUCGCCCAACGCUUCACUGCCCUCCAUGAGACUCUCGUGGCGCCAAGAGUCCUGGAACUGGCAGGGGAAGUGCUGGAUACAGGAGACCCCAUCAUACGCCCUUUGUGGUGGAUAGCCACCAGUGAUGAAACUGCUUACAAAAUAGACUCCCAGUUCCUGAUUGGAGAUGAUCUGAUGGUAGCUCCAGUGCUUGAACCAGGCAAACAGGAGAGAGAUAUCUAUCUACCGGCUGGUCGAUGGAGGAGCUAUAAAGGGGAAUUGUUUGAUAACAAGGGGCCUGUGCACCUUACUGAUUAUCCUGUAGACUUGGAUGAAAUUGCUUAUUUUGUUUGGGUUUAAUAAGCAUAUUAAAUUGGAUUAAGUCAGAUUAUUUUUUGAGAUGAGUCAAGAAAGGAAAUUCUGAGACACUUUUGUGUCUUUUGUCUUCCAAACAAACUUUUUUGCUUGUAGUUUUUUGAUUUUGUCAGGGAGAAAGGAUUAAAUCCUUUUCAUAAUGAAUUCAGGUUUGAUUUGUAAGGUGUGUAGAUGCAUGUGUUAAAAAAAAACCUCCCUCCAGUAUGUGAAGCUCUCAUUUUUGUCGCGUAGUUCUUCAUUACUUGCCUUUAAGACCGUAAUGUUAUCCUGUUUUACAGAUAACUCAUAGGGAAGGUAAGAAAAUUCACAUGCAUGAACUUGUGCCUUGUAUUUAAUGAAAAGUGUAUCCAGAAAUGCAGGUUUAUGCUUUAUGAGAGAGAAAACAUUUCAGCAGAGACAUGUUUCCAUAUGCCCCACAGAGGAAAAAAUGACGCAGUGAUACACAGAUAAGGUUUUUUUAUUUUUAAGGAAUUGCAUACAACAAUUGAGAUGAUCAAACUAACAGAUAUGAUCUUUUUAGUUUUCCCAUUACAGAUUUGUAAACGGAGAGGAAAAUCUAAGCAAUCCGCAAGUGUAUUUUAGUGUAUGUUAGUGUAUUUUGAUUCACAAAAUUAGUGCCAUUAGACAGAAUUUAUGUAUUUUAAACAGGCCAAAUCUUUAGCAGUUCAGGUUGUUUUUCCCUGAUGUUUUUGGUUUUGUAAAUUUACAUAAAAAGUGUCUCAGAAUGCUUUGAGUAAAUAACAAAUAACUUGCUUUAGCAUGUUCUCUGAAAAGGAUGUUUCAGAAUUUGGCAUGUUCAGUGAACCAAACAUAAUCUGCCUCUCUCCUGUCCAGUGAGCAGUGACAUGGAAGCAGGGGGAUUGGACACACCUUUAUGGAUACAGGGCGCUCAGUUGCAUGCCUCUGCCUUGCAGUUAUGUCACUGAUCAGUUAUGUCACUUUUUAAUCUUUCUGAACUGCAUCAAUAUAAUGAUUUCAGUGAGUGCCAAAUGCAUUUCUGCAGUUAAGCUCUGCCGUCCGACCGUGCUAAACCUCAUCCUAAAAACCCAUUUAUCAGGUCAUACAUCGAAUACUGCCACAUUUAUUGCUUGUUUUACACAGUCUCCUAAGCGUGUUUCAUGUGUCAUAACAUGUAUUUAGGCUCUGCACAUAGAGUUCUUGCCAUUUUUAUGUGACUUUUUUUUGUUGUUGUUGUAAUUUUUAUUUUAAAAAUUUUGUAAUGAUACUAAGGCAGUGCACUAAAUAUUUUGUAGAUUAAUCUUCAGUUUUAAUGGAUAUGUCUGUCAUUCGUCUGUCACCUUUGUUUUUGUGCUUUCCCGAGAGUCAGCAAAGCCUCCAGCCCUUGUUAAUCUUCUGUCACAUAGUCUAUUUUUAGGUCUUCCCACACAGCUGUAAUAUUACACUCAUCAAGUCGACUUUAACAGUUUGCACACUGUGAAACGAUAAGCUUUUUAAGGACUGAACUUUGUGAACUGUAGAGGUCAACGGAGGAAACAAAGCUGCUGUUGUUUUUGUCUUUAGAAUUUCAUCAAAUAUGCAGAAACAUGAAAAUGUCUUUUAUGACAGGAUCGAAUCUCAAAGCGCUCCGUGUGAACACACACAUAAUGAAGUCAAAACUGUCGUUUCACUUUUACAGUUUUCUGUUUGAUGUGUUGUAAUGAGUGAUCUGCUUACCACAUAGUGUACCGUUAUUUAUCUGACAGACCAUUGAUAAACCAUGGAGUGCUGACGUUACGGAAAGCCUCCGAAACUAAAUGAAUGUCGGCUACUUACAAACUGGAAUUUCUGCCUGUGUCAUGAUGCAAACAGAUGAACCGAUAAGAGUGUGUUAUAGAUAGAGCAAGAAAGCUGCUGCAUACCUCGUUUGAAUGAAAUUCUACUUCUACUUCUUCCUCCUCUUUUUCUUCCUCUUCUUCUUCUUCUUCUUCUUCUCUCUUCACAAAUUCAUUCAUGAAUAUGAAUGUAUGUGUGAAAUGAGCCGAAAUGAGACUGGUUUUUGGAUUGUAUUUUGAAUGAAACAGAGGCGGUUGCGAUGUUCUUUGUGAAAGAGCAAUGAAAUGCAAAUUUGUGGGAAUGUAUGCCAUUCUCAUUAGUGGGUGUAAAAAAGAUGGGCUGUCCUGUCAUUGGUUUUUAAUACUUUUUGCUUUAAUCUGCAGUUCAGUCAGUGCUUUAAGUUCAACUAAUGUCAUUUCAGACGCUUUUGUCAAAACUUAACUCGUUUUGGAAUUAACCAAGGAAACUUAUUUUUCUACUCAUAUCUUGUAAUACAUGUUUUGUAAUACUCAUGAAUAUAUUUUAAGACUCAGCACAGGAAAAAAAAAAAAGUGCCAGAUUAUCAUCUAAUUAGUUUUUUUUUUUUCUUGGUGGUGGUGUUUUAAUUUUAUUAUAAUCCUCUGAGGUUGAAAAAGUGUUCAGUAUUUUAUGAGAAUUAAUGUCGGUGUCUAACUUUUAAGCAAGCAUAUCAUUGAGAUGAAUAUGACUAUAAACUCAAUUUAAUAUUAAAAUAAUUUGUUUGCUAAACCUGGACUUCAUCCCAACUGUGCAUAAUUGUAAUUGUUCAGGUGCCCCCAAUUCUGUAAGCCUUAACUCUUAACUUCACAGCUAAUUCAGGCACUGAUGCUAUAUUUAUGUCUUCCACGAGGGGGGAGUAUGUGCUCAUUCUAUUAGCAUUGCUACACUGUCAGUACACACAUGGUUCCCCUGCCUCUGACGGGAAUGGCACAGUAGAAGAAAGAGUCGUAAACCUUUUGAACUUUUCCCAUUGUUCUCCUUUUGCAGUCAAAUUAAACAUUUUUUUGUCAUUUUCUUGAUUAUGUUAACGUUUUUCCCAUUAUUUUUCCCGAGGCCGUCAAAGUCUUUCUCAUGUUUCAAAUUAAAGUGUCAUGUAUUGAAAAUACAUUCCAUAAUGCUGGUCUUACGGUGUCAUCUUUGUGCAUCUUUGCAUCCGUUUAAAAAAAUUCUGUGAACUUGCCAGCUGAUACAUGUGAGUUAUGACACUGACUUUCUCCACUGUAUUAAUUCAUUUGAAUUUGGUUUCUUAGGUCAUGAGUUAUGGUGUUGACUUUCUCCACUGUAUUAAUUCAUUUGAAUUUGGUUUCUUUGGUCAUGAAUAAUAUUUAUUUGCCAUUGUACUUCACUGCUUGCUCUCCCAAACCCAGUUGCUUCAUCUGGGUUACAACUGCUUUUUCAUUUUGGUGUUACUGCUUGAUGAAAAAUAAAAGGAA